AUGUUCACGAACGUCUUCAAAUUACGACCAACGCGUAUUGAAACAGCGCAGCAACUAUCGGCGAGCUCAGGCAGCGACGAAAGCGCGUUCAGGGAGGCGAUUCUGCAGGUCGUGUCGAUAUGGCUGAAUAGGCUGUCGCUCGUCAGCGGGAUCGCAUCAUUCUUCUCGUCCAUAGACUCGCUCCUCUUCUCUCUAGCGAGCACAUCCACCCACCUAGGCGAUCCGGACGCACCUUGGAGCGCCACUGACAAGUUGACGACAGCUAGCUUCGCGGGAGCCCUUAUCUUCCACGUCUGUUCCGCAAUCCUCGCCUUUGUCGCCUCCUUCAUCCUCGUGCGCCUCGAGCUUAUCGACGCAGACGACCAAGAGGACCAGGUAGCCGACGGCACGCCCGCGAGCACGAGUAGGUCGACCAUGAAAGCCACGGUCCGAGACCUCGAGCAGGUUGGCGAAAAGGACAAGCACGUACACCGACCGUCCACCUCUUCUGCACCCGUGGCAGACACCACGACACUCUCCGACACGUCCAGCAACCCGAGCAACCCCGUCUACGCCCGCAUCACCGUGAGCUGCUUCCGCCCGCUCUCGACGUACACUACCUUCGUGAAGGGCUCGAAGGGAGUGAUGUCCCCGGCGAACCCCAACGAUGUAGCGGACGCGAUCUUGAACCCGCCUAUCCAACUGCUAUCCCGCUGCCAUUCGCUGGCAGUCUGGAUGUCGGCGAUCGGGUUUAUUCUGGGCGUGGUCGGCAUCCUGGCGUAUGCGUGGGUCGCGACGCCGGCGGCUGUCAGCAUCUUCACGACUGUCUGCCUUGGUGUCUGUCUUGCGACCAUGGUCUUUGCUAUCAUUUAG